GGCGGACAGUUGGAGAAGGCGGCUUCUGUGUGUUCGUCAGGUCCUGUGUGGAGGGACUGAGACCGAGAGGAAAAGUGAGCAGUAAGGGGACUGGCCGGCUUCGCCCGCCCCACCCCGGGCUACCGGUGCCUUGGAGCCCGCCCCUCCUGAUCUGUCUCCGGCGGGAUCCAGGCGCUCUGCGCUCGCGACCCAAAGGCGUGGCGGUGCGAGCCAUGGCUGCGCUGGGCUGCGCGAGGAUGCGGUGGGCGCUGCUGGGGACGCGGGUAGUCCGCUCUGGCCUCGGCCCACCAGGAGCCAGAGCCAAGGCCACGAUCCCCGGCGCCCUCCCGGCGACCGAUUCUUCCGAGGCUCCCGGAACCGGGCCUGGCGAGCGGAGGCUGCGGAGCCUGGAGGAGCUUAAAGGGCCAGGGCAGCUGCGCGUCUUAUUCCAGAUGUUAGGGCAAGGCUACAUUCUGCGCUUGCACCAGCUCCAGGUGCGGUACAAGGCCAAGUAUGGUCCAAUAUGGAUAACCCGCCGAGGGCCUCGACUCUAUGUGAACCUGGCCAGUGCCCCACUCCUGGAGCAAGUGAUGCGGCAAGAGGGCAAAUACCCAGUACGAGACUACAUGGAUUUAUGGAAGGAGCACCGGGACCUGCAUGGCCUGGCCUAUGGGCCCCUCACCACGGAAGGAGAGCCCUGGUACCGGCUGCGCCAGGCUCUGAACCAGCGGCUGCUGAAGCCAGCUGAAGCUGCGCUCUACACGGAUGCUCUGAAUGAGGUGAUUGACGACCUCAUGGCUCGACUCAGCCAGCUGCGGGCGGAGAGUGCCUCGGGGGACCAGGUGCCCGACAUUGCUCACCUUUUCUACCACUUUGCCUUGGAAGCUAUAUCCUACAUCCUGUUUGAGAAACGUAUUGGCUGCCUGGAGCGUUCCAUCCCGCAGGACACCAUGGCCUUCAUCAGAUCUGUUGAUCUCAUGUUCCGGAACUCAGUCUAUAGCAUCUUCCUCCCCCAGUGGACCCGCUCCCUGCUGCCCUUCUGGAAGUGGUACCUGGAUGGCUGGAACAACAUCUUCUCUUUUGGGAAGAAGAUGGUUGAUCAGAAACUCAAGGAAAUAGAGGCCCAGCUGCAGACAGGGGGUCCAGAGGGGGUCCAGAUAUCUGGCUACCUGCACUUCCUGCUGACCAGCGGACAGCUCAGUCUUCAUGAGGCCAUGGGCAGCCUGGCUGAGCUGCUCUUGGCUGGAGUAGACACGACAUCUAACACACUGACGUGGGCCCUGUACCACCUUUCGAAGAGCCCGGAGACCCAGGCGGCCUUGCACAAGGAAGUGGUGGGUGUGGUGCCAGCAGGGCAGGUGCCCCAGUACAAGGACUUUGCUCACAUGCCCUUGCUCAGAGCUGUGCUUAAGGAGACCCUGCGCCUCUACCCUGUGGUCCCCACAAACUCCCGGAUCAUCACGGAAAAGGAAGUUGAAGUUGGUGGCUUCCUCUUCCCCAAGAACACCCAGUUUGUGUUGUGCCACUAUGUGGUGUCCCGGGACCCGAGCAUCUUCCCUGAGCCCGAGAGCUUCUGGCCCCAACGCUGGCUGAGGAACUGCCAGUCUGAAACUUUUGGGGUCCAACACCCGUUUGGCUCUGUGCCCUUUGGCUAUGGGAUCCGGGGUUGCUUGGGCCGCAGGAUUGCAGAGCUGGAGAUGCAGCUGCUGCUGACAAGGCUGCUCCAGCAGUAUGAGGUGGUCCUGUCUCCUGAGACAGGGGACGUGAAGAGUGUAGCCCGCGUCGUCCUGGUUCCCCAUAAGAAGGUGGGCGUGCGUUUCCUGCAGAGACAGUGCUGAGCUGGGCCUUUGCCUUCCUGGGGCAGCCCCCUUCCUCCCUCCCUGGCAUGGUAAUUCCUGGCCGCUGCUGUGUCUUGGAUGAGGAGAGAGAGAAAGGGGCUGCCAGAUGCCAGAGGUUGGAGAAACUCAGUGCACUUCCUACAGAACCCUGAACUUUUGUGACUUUUAUCAUGUUGAGCAUCUCCCUCUUAGAGGAAAGGCCAUCCCUUUCUCACAUUGCUAUGCUUGGGGGAAAUAUAGAAUAAAGGGACUUUUAUUGAUAACUGGA